AUCACUUUUUAAAAAGUUCUUUGGUAAAUAGAGGAACUCUACCUGAUGAUGAAAUAAUUAAAAAAUAUGAAUUUUGGGUAUUUUCUGGAUUGGUUUUACUUGGUUUUGCAGCGUAUUCCGUAGUAAUUAGUAUGGCUGAUACAAUUUGUUUUGAUUUGCUUGGAGAGAAUAGUCAUUUAUAUGGGAGACAAAAAGUGUUUGAUUCAAUUGGAGUGGGGUUAUCAUCUGUUACAGUGGGUGUUGCAAUCGAUCUAAUUUCAGGUCAUUCUCUAUUUAAAAAUUAUACAAUUAUGUAUUUUUUUUGUUUGGUAUCACUUUCUUUUAACAUGAUGUCAUCUACGAGACUUAAUUUUACCCAAUCAAAAAAAUCAAAAAAUAUUAUAAAAGAUGUUGGAAAAUUAUUUAAAUUAGUUAAAAUAACCACUUAUUUCUGUUGGUGCUGUUUUGCUGGAAUUUUCUCAGCAGUUAUUUGGAAUUUUCUGUUAUGGCAUUUAGAGGAAUUAUCAGACGAAAUCACACAAAAUGAAUGUGGCGGAAAUUAUAUUAAAACAAUUGAAGGUUUAUGUAUAUUUGUUCAAACUUGUAUAGGUGAGAUACCAGUAUUCUUCUUGUCUGGAUAUUUUCUAAAAAAAUUCGGACAUGUCAAUUGUAUGCACAUUAUUAUUGGAGCAUUUGUAACUAGAUUUUUCUAUUAUUCAAUUUUAUCAAACCCAUGGUGGGUUUUGCCAAUAGAAUCAUUAAAUGGUAUAACUUAUGGUUUAAUGUCAGCGACCAUGGCAUCGUAUGCCAAUUAUAUUGCAGAACCUGGAAUGGAAGCUACAAUACAAGGACUGGUUGGUGCAUUUUUUGAAGGAGUUGGAAUUUCAAUAGGUAAUUUCGCAGCUGGAACCCUAUUUGAAUUUAUUGGAGGUAGCACCGUGUUCGCAAUAUAUGGAAGUAUUGGAUCAAUCGCAUUAAUAAUUCAUAUUUUAAUACACAUAUUAUUAAAAGAUAAAUUUUUUUAAUACAUUGAUUUAAAU